CGUGGAAUAUUGGAGAAACUCCAAGCGCCCUCGCGGUUUUCACAUAUACUUAUAAUCCCUAUAUAAAGCUUCUAAUCAGAUUCCACCCCAAAAUAUCUAUCUUUUUUUCUUUCCAUACAAGAAAGAAGCUCUCUCAAAGCUCCUUGCUUAGUUUUUCAAUACCAACAAUUUAUCAUUAGCUCUCUCUCAAUUCGCUUUACAAAUGGCAAGGCCUAAUCAGGAAGCAAUCGACACAUUUAUCAGCAUAACUGGCGUUGCCGAAGCUGUCGCCGUUCAAAAGCUUGAGGAGCAUCAUGGUGAUCUCAAUGCAGCUGUCAAUGCACAUUUCAGUGAAGGAGAUAGAAGCAUUGUGCAUGAAACUCCUGUUGUUGCUUCUCAAGAUGAUCUCAUGGAUAUAGAUGAUCCAGUUGAAGUUCCACCUAGAAGACAUCCUCUGUCAGUUCUACCUGAGGCUAGUGCAAUGAACCCAUUCUCACUUCUUGAUCCACAAUUUCGUAGAAGUCUAUUUGAUGGUGGUUCUGACUUUAUGAAUCAUGCACCAUUCGUUUCACAUCCAAGAGAAAGGAGAGAGAUACCUAUAGAGGUCAAGGAUGGGAAUGAUGUACCCAGCCAUUCUGGUCAUGCUCCUAUCAUUGAGGAUGUCACUGGAACAGAAUAUGCAACAGGCCCAGAUAUUCGUGGUACUAUCAUUGUUGAUGAAGAUGAUAAUGAUAUUCCAGCUGAUCGAACUGGAUGGGCUGCACAACGGGCUGAGAAAAGAGGUGAUUCUUCAGGGGGCAUUGCUCAUGAGAGUCACAGUAGACCAAGUGCUCCUGAAUUUGAUAAGUUGCCUGACUACAGCAAUGACAUUGAAGAAGAAAUGAUCCGGGCUGCCAUAGAAGCUUCAAAACAGGAGGCUCAGGCUGCAGAGCAAGAAAAAGCAUUGUGUGAGCAGAGGGGAAAAAUCGGAGCUGCAGAAAUGGGAGCUUCUAAGCCAGAUGAGGUGGAGUUGGGGGCAGUGGUGACCUCAAAUGGAAGGUUUAGGACAGGAAGGUUAUCUAUUCAGGAGGAAGCUGAAGAUGUGGAUGAGCAUCCUCUCGUAAGGAAUAGAUCAAGACAUACAUCUUCUGGCUCUACUGAAUCAACCAGAGAAGUUGGAGUUAUUGAGGCUAGUCCACCAUCUAGUCCUAGACAGAAUAAUAUAAGCAGCCACCCUCAGCACAAUGGAAAUGUGUUCCAUUCUGAUGAGUGGGGAGGCAUCUCUUCUGAGGAGCAUGAUGAAGCCGUCAUGCUUGAGGCUGCGAUGUUUGGUGGAAUUCCUGAAGUGACUGGAUAUCGCUUUCCAUAUGCUCCUCAUCAAUUCAUGCAGAGUGAAAGCCCUUAUUCACAGCGGAUGCCUCGUCCCCCUUCACCAUCCUUACAGGCUCAGCGGUUGAUCCGUGAACAACAGGAUGAUGAGUAUCUUGCAUCAUUGGCAGCUGACAGGGAGAAGGAGAUGAAGGCAAUGGAGGAAGCUGAAGCUCUUCGUUUGCAAGAAGAAGCUGCUAGGAAAGCUUCUCUUGAAGCAGAAAGGCAAAAAGAGGAAGAAUCUCGCAAGAAAUUGGAAGAAGAGCAGGAAUUUGAAAGACAGCUGGCAGCAAAAGAAACUUCUCUCCCUCAGGAACCAGUAUCCAAUGAUGAGAAUUCUGUGACACUUUUGGUGCGGAUGCCUGAUGGUACCCGUCGUGGGCGCCGAUUUCUCAAAUCUGACAACUUGCAGUCACUUUUUGACUUCAUAGACAUUGGUAGGGUGGUCAAGCCUGGCACUUACAGACUGGUAAGACCAUACCCAAGGCGUGCUUUCAGUGAUGGAGAAAGUGCACUCACACUGAAUGAACUUGGCCUCACCAGCAAACAGGAGGCCUUGUUUCUGGAGCUGAUCUAGAAAAGACAAACAAUAUAAACUUGUAGAAAUUUACUCCUUUGAAGAUUUAAUCUCAAUUAAACAUGAAGUGAUGCAUUAAAUUGGGGAGAGGUGGUUAUUUGGGUUUUUGUACUAUUUGGACAAAUUGCACGGAGUUUGGGUAGAUGAAACAUCUGGUCGCUGCUGUGGUUGGAGGGGCAGUAUGAUUUAAGGCCGGCAUUGGUUUCGUCAUAUGUUUGAUCGUGCAUGAGGAAUGCUUUUGUAUAUAUUCAGCAAUUUAUGAUAUUAAGUUAUUGGAUAGAACCUCAA